GUUAUCCGUAAUUGAAGCUUGUUGGUAUAGCGUUCCAUCACGGAGGCAGUGCUCAAAUCUAUUCGACGCCGAUGGACAUGGUGACCGCGACCAACAGCGUUCGUACUACCACAUCCACCAGCCUCAAUGGUCAGGAGUUACCUAACAUACACAGUUAGUGGUACGGGGGGGCGGUUGCUUUCAAGAGGUAGCACCUGACUAGUUGUGCACAUAUGCAGCUAUGCCCAAGGAUAUUUAUUGCGGACGGUGCCAUGCUUCUUGUCUCUGGAAGGCAUAGGGAAUGAUUCCAUUAUAUUCAAUCCUGCAGUUGCCCAAAGCCUCGCCAGAUAAAUCCGUCUCUUUGUAUAACAUUUCAACUUCAUUAUGGAAGUAACCACGUUUAGCGAAGCCCUCAAGUCCCUGAGCUCUCUCCUUUUCCCUGGGCGGGCUCCAGCGCUACCUGAAAAGCUCGAUGAACCACCUGUUUCUCAUGCGAACCCAAGCGAAGCCAUUAAGGACUACUUACUAGAUAGGAGCCCCGAGUUUCGAGAAAUUAGCGAGCUCCGGCAACGAGGAUGGGACAAUCCCGAGGGAGAUUCUUUCUUUCAGAAGCAGCGACAGAACGCCGACAAGUCUGAUGAGCGGACGGCUGCGUACUUCUUCAACUUGAUGAGACGCAUUGGACAUGAGAUUCAUCGAUCUACCGGCGCCUUCUCUGUACAACACGGCUCACCGUAUCCAAGCAUCCUCGACAUGUGCAUGGCCCCUGGGGGCUUCCUCGAAGUUGCUCUGAGCAAAAGUCCGACUUCUAGAGCCUUAGCCUUUAGCUUACCUGCAUCCGAUGGCGGCCACAAAGUCCUACUCCGUGUGACGUCGAACGUUGAGAUAAGGUAUCUCGAUGUCACUAUGCUCGCGGCGGAGAUGGGGGUUGAGGAAGUUCCUAAGGAUCACCCCGAUGCUAAUAGCUUCUUACCACGUCAGCUCGAGUUGCACCAACUUUUUGACCUGGCCUUCUGCGACGGUCAGGUUCUUCGUACACAUGCGCGGGCCCCGUAUCGAGAGCGGCGAGAAGCGAAGAGGUUGUCAAGCACGCAGUUGGCUCUCGGGCUCGAGCACCUGCGACCAGGGGGGACUAUGAUUGUUCUUCUUCACAAGCUUGAGGCAUGGGACACCGUGAAUAUUUUGUGGAGAUUUUACAAGUUCUCUACCGUAAAACUUCUGAAGCCGAAAUCAGGCCACGCCAAACGUUCUUCCUUUUAUAUGGUAGCUACGGACGUCCAAAGCUGUCACCCCGAGGCUGUUCGAGCAGUCGAUAUUUGGAAAGCUACGUGGAAAGUAGCCACAUUCGGCUCGGACGAGGAGUAUCAACGAAUGAUAUGGGACGGCGAGCUUGGUGUGGAGCAGCUGCUCGACGACUUCGGGCUGGAGCUCAUGGCGUUGGGAAAAGAAAUUUGGAAAGUCCAAGCAGAUGCACUUGCGAAGGCGCCUUUUAUUCAAGAUACGUCAGCUCGCCGGUAGGUAGUGUAAAUUUAAUUGCCACAUCACGUAACAAUAGUAUAGAUGCCAC